UCACUUCUUAUUUUUAGUAGAUACUAUCAUUGGGCUACUAGAUUUUUUUUUUAUGAAUCUAUGCAACUACAACUCCAAUUCAAUUCAUCUUUCUCCCUAAUUUUACAGUCAUUCUCUACUCUCAAUAACUCCAUUUCUGCCCUCGAAGAUCCCUGCCUCGCCGCCAUGGCAGAUUCCGCCGAUAAACCAUUAGAGCCACCGCCACCAACCACCCCUACCUCCGCGGCCGCGGCCUACCACCUCCACCCGCGGCGGGAGCCCUUCGAGCACGGCCUGCUCCCAAUCCCCAAAUUGAUCUUCACCGAUGGCGCGCAGGCUCUGUCGCAGCUCAAAUCAGCCCUCCUCUCAUCCGAUUCCGAUCAUCGGGUCAACUUGGACACCUUGGCCCGAGUCCUUCAAAUUCCGAUCGAGCAGUCGCGGCUGAUAAUCGAGACAAUAUCCUCGGUUUUGCAUGACGAGUCUGAUCCGUUGCUGAAGGCCGGAGUUUCGAAGGAGAUCGAUUCAAUUGGGGUCAAUGUGUUUGAUUUGCUCAUAUUUUUGUACAUACAGAGUUAUAAGAGAUUGCUGCCGAAAGGGCAUAGGGAUUCUGCAGCUGUCGCCGAUGUCUGGCCGUCGACGUCGGCUUUUGAUGGGUUUCUAUCCGCCCUCUCGCCGUUACAGUUGGUGCGCAGCAACAAUCGUAGGUUUAUACCAUCUCAAGCAGAUGAAGAGGCCCAUCAGCUGUCCUAUUUGCAGAAGCACAUUGGCAAUAUUCUUUCUCUCUUGGCAGAUUCCACAGAAGGGGAGGGUGAUGACUCUCUGGUCUUGUCCAUGGAUAAAUUUGAGCAUCUUGGGUUUCUGAUGUACUUUGGGGAGAAGGGAAUUGCUAAAAUUCCUUUGAGCCAAAGCACUCCUUUUUUUGCAAAUUCAGAUCCUGACAUGCCUGCUGCUCCUGUCCCUGCAUCACAAGUUCUCGACUGGCUUCUCCAAAGUAUAUCCUCUACCCAGGAGCAUAUUUCUGAUAGAGUUUCCCCGAAAGAAAAUGGGCCCAGUAGUUCUGAUCAGGAUGUUCAAAUGGCUGAUGUUGGCACUACUUCCUUGAAACCGUCAAUCAGUCCAAGAGGUCCAAGUUUCAUUGAGGGGGUCUCCAAAUCGUCAUGUGUUAAACAAGCAUCUGAUCUUAAGGGUACAACUGUAAAGGUUGUCAAUUGUCACGAAUCAGUUAUUUACAUUUUGGCACCACUCAGAUACGCAACAGUUUAUGGAUGCUCUGAUGCAACUAUUGUCAUUGGAGCCGUUGGCAAGGCCAUUAGGGUUGAACACUGUGAACGUGUUCAUCUGAUUACUGCAGCAAGACGUAUCUGCAUAGCAAACUGUCGCGAAUGUGUAUUCUUCUUGGGGGUUAAUCAGCAACCCCUCGUUGUUGGUGACAAUCAUAAAUUGCAGGUGGCUCCAUAUAAUACAUUCUACUCACAACUGGGGGAGCACAUGAAUCAAGUUGGAGUAGACCCUAACAUCAACAGGUGGGAUGAAUCCAUUGCACUUGGAGCGGUUGAUCCCCAUGAUUCACUAUCACAUCCUGCUGGUGUAUCAGAUGCACAAGCUGAAUCUGCUACACGCGUGGACCCUGAUCAAUUUACCGACUUUGUGAUUCCAAAUUGGUUGGAAGGUGAACAAUCUGGUUCCACAAAAGAUAAUCCUUUCCCUUUACCGGAUACAUACCUUGCAUCUAAGCAGAAAAAGACUAAAAGCUUGGAUGAAGUUAAGCAAAUGUUGAAGGAAUCUCAACUUGAAGAGACCAGGAAACGGGAGCUGUCAAGUGCUCUCCAUGCAUGUUUCAAGGACUGGUUAUAUGCUUCAGGCAACAUCCGCCAACUUUAUUGCUUACACGGUGAAUGAGAGAACGGCUAUGACUGAUUCCCAAUAGUUGAAGCACUUCUUGCUGUUUUUUUUUCUUUUUUUAUCCUGAUUCCAUUGGCGGCUGGGACUGGAUGCUGUCAAGUUUGCCACUUCAAACUGCUUCAAAGGUUGAAGCUUGUGUAGACUGCAAUAGACACAAAAUAAGGUCAUCUUCUUGUGCUGUAUUUUGUGACUAAAUCAUAGUAUGUUGUAACUGUAGAAUAAUGUUUGUUAGAUUCAAAUUCCAGGUAUGUGAAUGAUCAAAAUGAGGGUUGAAUCUCAAUUAAGAAUCUUUGAACACUUUGUGUUCA